UUCCUGCUCGAUCUCCAUCGAUCAAUCGUUUCCCACAUAUUCUUCGUCGACACUUUCUUGACCAAUAUCAUCGUCAUCAUCGUCUCAUAUCAUGUUGUCAAUUUCUUUCCCUCACUUUCUGCUAUGCCUCUCAGCUCUAUCUCUGCUUCAUCUUCUUCCCACUGUUCGUCCUUCCAAAAUCGGCCAUGGCUACCGUCUGAUCUCCAUCUCAGAGCCCUCGAAUGGCGGACUCCUAGCUCAUCUUCAACUCAAGAAGAAAACCAGUAUCUAUGGCGAUGACAUUCCCCUCUUACAGCUCUAUGUCAAGCACGAAACUGAUAGCCGUCUGAGAGUUCACAUCACCGACGCAGAAAAGCAAAGAUGGGAAGUUCCGUACAAUCUUCUUCCCAGAGAAACCCCUCCGCCAUUAAGACAAAAGCUUGCUACUGAACCAUCCUCAAUAAAAUCAUUCUCACACUACAUAGGAAAAGAACUCAUCUUCUCUUACAAACCAGACCCCUUCACCUUCUCCAUAACCCGAAAAUCCAACGGCGAGACUCUCUUCAACACAACCUCGGACGAAUCAGAUCCUUACAGCAGCUUAGUGUUCAAAGACCAAUACCUAGAAAUCUCCACAAAGCUGCCCAAAGAUGCAUCCUUGUACGGUCUGGGAGAGAACACUCAGCCCCACGGGAUUAAGCUCUAUCCCAACGAUCCUUACACGCUAUACACGACUGACAUAUCCGCCAUUAAUCUUAACUCCGAUCUGUACGGAUCCCACCCUGUCUAUAUGGACCUGAGGAAUAAUGGUCUGAAGGCUUCUGCUCACGCGGUGCUGCUUUUGAACAGUAAUGGAAUGGAUGUGUUCUACAGAGGAGAUUCUUUUACGUAUAAAGUGAUCGGAGGGGUUUUGGAUUUCUACUUCUUCUCCGGACCGUCGCCAUUGGGAGUUGUCGAUCAGUACACUGCCUUCGUUGGGAGGCCUGCUGCAAUGCCCUACUGGGCUUUUGGAUUCCAUCAAUGCCGAUGGGGUUACCGGAACCUAUCCGUCGUCGAGGACGUAGUCGAAAACUACCAAAAAGCCAAAAUUCCUCUCGACGUAAUUUGGAACGACGACGAUCAUAUGGACGGCCACAAGGACUUCACUCUCAACCCCCACAACUACCCCCGCCCGAAACUGCUAGCCUUUCUCAACAAAAUCCACGCUCGAGGAAUGAAAUACAUCGUCAUAAUCGACCCCGGAAUCGGCGUCAACACGACCUACGGAGUCUAUCAACGCGGCUUAGCCAACGACGUCUUCAUCAAAUACGACGGGAAGCCGUUCCUAGCCCAAGUCUGGCCGGGAGCUGUCAACUUCCCCGAUUUCCUAAACCCGAAAACCGUCGAAUGGUGGGGCGAUGAAAUCCGUCGUUUCCACGAACUUGUCCCUGUCGACGGCCUGUGGAUUGACAUGAAUGAAGCUUCCAACUUCUGCAACGGACUGUGCACGCUUCCGGCCGGGCGAAUCUGCCCGAACGGGACAGGACCCGGCUGGAUUUGCUGCCUCGACUGCAAGAACAUUACGAAAACCCGAUUCGACGAUCCCCCGUACAAGAUAAACGCGUCGGGAGCGCAAGUUCCCGUCGGGUACAAAACCAUAGCCACGAGCGCGUACCAUUACAACGGCGUAUUGGAGUACGACGCGCACAGUCUCUACGGCUUCUCGCAAUCGAUCGCGACGUAUAAAGGCCUUAUCAGCAUCGAAGGAAAACGCCCGUUUAUACUAUCCCGCUCGACGUAUGUCGGAUCAGGACACUACGCUGCACACUGGACGGGGGACAACAAGGGGACAUGGCGGGAUUUGAAGUAUUCGAUCUCAACGAUGCUGAAUUUCGGGAUAUUCGGAGUCCCGAUGGUCGGUUCCGAUAUCUGCGGAUUUUAUCCCGCCCCGACCGAAGAGCUAUGCAAUAGAUGGAUCGAGCUCGGCGCGUUCUACCCGUUCUCGAGGGAUCACGCGAACUUCUAUUCGCCAAGACAGGAGCUUUACCGAUGGAAAUCCGUCGCCAUUUCCGCGAGAAACGCUCUCGGAAUGAGGUACAAACUUCUACCGUAUCUUUACACAUUGAGCUACGAGGCGCACACGACAGGAGCGCCGAUCGCGCGCCCGUUGUUCUUCAAAUUCACGAACGAAACGCGACUCUACGGAUUGAGCACGCAAUUUUUACUCGGGAGCAGCCUAAUGGUGUCCCCCGUUUUGAACAAGAAAAAAACGAAGGUGAGCGCAAUGUUCGCGCCGGGGAGUUGGUACAACAUUUUCGAUAUGAAAAAAGUGGUCGUCUCAAAGGUCUGUCACUACCGGUCGCUCGCUGCGCCGUUGCACGUUAUCAACGUGCAUUUGUAUCAGAAUUCGAUCGUACCGAUGCAGCGAGGCGGAUUGAUUUCAAAAGAAGCUCGAAAGACGCCGUUUACCUUGAUCGUCGCAUUCCCCGUCGGCGCGACGGAUAGUGAAGCAAAGGGUAAUCUUUACAUCGACGACGACGAGCUUCCCGAGAUGAAACUUGGGAACGGAUAUUCGACGCACGUCGAUUUCUUCGCGUCGGUUAGCGAUGGCGUAGUGAAAGUGUGGUCGGAUGUUCGAGAAAGUAAGUUUGCCUUGGCGACAGGGUUGACGAUAGAGAAGGUGACGGUGCUCGGGUUAAAAGGGUCGGCUCGGAGCGCCGUCGAAAUUGACGUCGACCAUGACGGAGAUACUAAUACUUCCAAAGUAGAAAUUGCCUCUACAAGGCAUGAAUAUGAAGAGUUGAGUGAAGAAGAAGAAGGGAUGGAGAGUGUAAUGGUGGAAGUUAAAGGCUUGGAAUUGCUUGUUGGGAAGAAGUUCAAUAUGUCCUGGAAAAUGGGAAUCAAUUGAAGCUUCAGAAUUCAUCCUAUAUAUAUAUAUAAUUAUUAAUAUGUAGCUGUCUUGGAAAAACAGCCAUGAUCGAUCUUUUUCAUAUGAUAUAUUUCUUUUAUAAAAUAUAUCGAAUCAAAUAUUUAAUUUUCUA